UUGCUAUCGCUCCAAAUGAGUUUCAGCCGAUAUUCAGGUAAAAUGUCCGACCUGUUGUUAACAUCCGCCAAUGCCAUAAGGGCGGCAGGCAAGCCAGCCUCCCCGCCGUCCCACGUGCCUCCGGUUAUGGACAUGGUACUUCCGAUGUAGAGGUUGGUCAGGCCGUCUUUGUAGCCCGGGUCUUCGCUCUCAAACAGCUCUAUACCUGUGCCGUUCAUACUGGUGGUUUGCACCAGCACCACACUCAGCACGAGGAGCACAAGAAGACGUCUAAAUUCCCGCUGCAUGACGUCUGCUCACACCGAAUGAAUGAUGGAACUAACGGCCACCGAGACCUGGCAAUAACGGAUAGCUUGCGUUGACACGGGCCGUUUUAUUACCCAAACACGGCGACAGCCCCCACACAAUAAAUUCACACUCACGACAGUGGGCUGUGUUUUGAAACUAAAAACAGAGGACUGGCCGUCUUUUCGUCGAGGACGACUGAAGCUACAGCUGUCGUUGUUGUUUUACUUCCAAUGGUGUCACUGGCUGAAAAAAAUACCGUAGAGCAUAACGACAAAGUUGGCAAGAUGACAUUCCCCACGACAGUGCACGCGGACUGUACGACAUCACCGACUACACUCAUGUACGUACUGCACUGUAAUGCACUGCAACCUGCACUGCACUGGUCGAUGUAGCCGGCCUUGUUGGAAUUUUUGUACUUUAUCGUCUGCAAAAAAAACAUACCGCGCUUUUUUGCCUCGGACUUCACCACGAGGAUAUUUAUCGAGCGCCAUCUACGUCCAAUUUCGUUACGCUAAUUUAUUUUCGUUCAGAUGACGUCACUCAUACGAUGUUCAACUUUGACCUAUAUACAUGUCGUCUGCAUGUGCAGUGUGUGCACACUCGCACAGAGCACGAUGGCCGACCACCACAGUACAACGUUAGAUGACCGAAUGAGGUGUGAAGUAUGUGAGCAAAUCAGUCCCAAAUACAAGUGCCCGAGAUGUGGUGUAAAAACUUGCAGCCUCCAUUGUGUGAAGAGGCACAAAUCAACCCAAGACUGCAGUGGGGUCCGGGACAAAGCUGCCUUCGUGACCAUCAAGAACUUCACCGAUCGACAUUUACUCAACGAUUACAGAUUUCUAGAGGAUGUUGACCGCAAGGCGUACAGCGCCGUAACGGACGAAGCCUCCAAGCAACAUCAAUAUACAAAUAAAUACCAGCAGCUGAGUAGAAACUGCAAAUCUCGUAAGGUUUGGUUGAGUCUUCUCCCACCUGUAUUCAGCAGACACAAGGAGAACACCAGCUACUUCCAAAGGAAGGAAAAAACUAUCUACUGGAGAGUUCAUUGGAAAUUCCCACAAAGCGAUGCAGAGUUUGUCAACAAAAGUGUCAGUGAAAAGCUGCCCCUUAUUGACAUUUUGGCUUUAUAUCUGGAUCCAGUUAAAGGAGACCCUGUCAGGAGACAAAGGUUGAAGAGAUACUGCCAAGAAGGUUUAGACAACCUUAGACUCUUCAUGAAGGAUGAGGGCAGACCGGCAAAUUCUGUCAGGUAUCACGAGUUGGAUGUCAAGGAUACGCUUUGCGGUAACCUCACCUGUAAGUCGGUCAUUGAGUUUCCCACCAUCCAUGUUGUGUUGAGGGAGUUUGCUGACGGCUACACAAUAAAGAGCAAAGAUCACGAGAUAAUCUCACAGCCCAAUCAAGAAGCUCCAAUAAGCCCCACUGGUCAGGUCACACCACAGCCCUAUCCAGAAGCUACAACAAACCCCACUGAUCAAGUCACACCACAGCCAAAUCCAGAAGCUUCAAUUAACCCCACUGGUGAGGUCACUCCACAGCCCAAUCCAGAAGCUACAAUAAACCCCACUGAUCAGGUCACACCACAGCCCAAUCCAGAAGCUACAAUAAACCCCACUGGUCAAGUCACACCAAAGCUCAAUCCAGAAGCUACAAUAAACCCCACUGGUCAAGUCACACAGCCUAAUCCAGACGCUACAAUAAACCCCACUGAUCAUGUCACACCACAGCCCAAUCCAGAAGCUACAAUAAACCCCACUGGUCAAGUCACGCCAAAGCUCAAUCCAGAAGCUACAAUAAACCCCACUGGUCAAGUCACACAGCCUAAUCCAGACGCUACAAUAAACCCCACUAAUCAUGUCACACCACAGCCCAAUCCAGAAGCUACAAUAAACCCCACUGGUCAAGUCACACCAAAGCUCAAUCCAGAAGCUACAAUAAACCCCACUGGUCAAGUCACACAGCCUAAUCCAGACGCUACAAUAAACCCCACUGAUCAUGUCACACCACAGCCCAAUCCAGAAGCUACAAUUAACCCCACUGGUCAAGUCACACCACAGCCAAAUCCAGAAGCUACAAUAAACCCCACUGGUGAGGUCACAUCACAGCCCAAUCCAGAAGCUACAAUAAACCUCACUAGUCAGGUCACACCACAGCCCAACAGUAAAGGCGCUGAAGCACCCACAAGCAACACAACAGAUGAUGGACCGGAUGAAGUAGCUAUGAGCAUAGGAGGAGAAACACAACCCCUAGACGCGACUGAAACGAAACCCAACUCCGGAAUAGGAAAUUCUGAGAUGCCUUCGGAAGCAACACCGGGGAGUGAUCCAGGAAAGCGUGUUUACAGUGAAGUCGAGGAAAUGGACACUACCUUCUAAUUAUAUGUAUUCAUUUGGAGAAGCCAUAAUGAGCUCUAUUGCAUAAGUCUAUAGGGAGGAAAUCUAGGCUUACGUUCAAAGUAGACUGGUAUUGUUUCAAUAACAAAUUCAAUGUUAUUAUUUCAUGCGGAUUAUACAUUCAAGUGAGCGCUUAGUCUACAAACAUCUGGGCCCAGUCUCAUACAGCUGCUUUCUACAAACAUCUGGGCCCAGUUUCAUACAGCUGCUUUAACUCAAAUGUCGCUAAGCAAACAAAAUAUUGCUUAGCAUAAUAAGAUUACCAGUGAGAAUACUGCUGGUCUUUGACAAUUACCAAAGUUGUCCAGUGCCUUUAAAUUAUAAAUCCAGUUCGUGUCUUCAGGUCUGACCUUGUAAAGGACUUUAACGGCAGUGUUAGUGCCAACCGUGAUGCAUUUCGGUCAAGCGUGCUCCAGUAAUGGAGUAUGGGCUUCAUCUGCCCCGAUAAGCAUGCUGACUGCCAAAUGAGUAUAGUGGUUGCACGAUGGAUUGGCCCUCAGGCACAAACAGUCAGGAAUAUAAAAUAUAUAUAACAGAGGAGCAUAAACCGGAGGAGAUAGGAUUAAGGUGAAAAAAAAACGAGCGUUUGAUGGGAAUGUGGUGCUCAAUUAUUGAUAUCAAGAAUAAUAAUAAAGGGAUAGCAGCAAAACAUUAAUAAACCCAGGAAGGGUUUAGCGAGAAAAAAAUCAAAAGAUAGGAAUUUUCGGCUGGAUUGUUUUUGUUGGAAGGAAUCUAGAAUAAGUAUGUUGAUUCCAUGAAUAAGGUGUCGAGGGUCUGUUUCUGCGUGGGACAUUUGUAGCAUCAGAUUUCUGCAAGUUAUUACAGAUAAGUUUAGAAGGUUGUUUUAAUCCGCUUAUGUAUCUCAGUCAAGCUUUCUGUUUACUUUUCAAGAGAAGUAAAAAAACCAAUGGACCCUUCCCGUGAAAUAUGCUAAUCACAUUCACGCAUGCGUACAGACCCUGUUGGUUGGC